AGCCCCGGUCCCACCUCGCACGCCCUCAGGCCUCGACAUCCACUGCCUUCCGUUCGUCUCAAUCCCCCGUCGCAUUCCGCAACACCUGCUCCUCGCCCCCUUCUCUCAGAGGCGACGCCUCGGGCGCUCCUACCCUGCCCCGUCUCCGGUCCCCCCGCGCCGUCGGCGAGGCAGCCGGCCGUCACAGAAGCCCGAUCCGGACCCCGCGAGAAAUCCUUGUUAUACCUGAUGGCUAUGAUUGAUGAGCCUCUUUAUCCAAUUGCUGUACUGAUUGACGAGCUCAAGAAUGAAGACAUCCAGUUGCGUCUAAACUCCAUUAGAAGACUUUCAACAAUUGCACGGGCUCUUGGAGAAGAAAGAACCAGGAAGGAGCUGAUUCCUUUUCUUAGUGAAAACAACGAUGAUGAAGACGAGGUGCUUCUUGCAAUGGCUGAGGAAUUGGGUGUGUUCAUUCCGUAUGUUGGUGGUGUAGAACAUGCUCAUGUUUUGCUCCCACCUUUGGAGACAUUGUGUACAGUGGAGGAAACUUGUGUCCGUGAUAAAGCAGUUGAAUCUCUGUGCCGUAUUGGUGCACAAAUGAAGGAAACUGACAUUGUCGACUGGUUCAUUCCAGUAGUAAAGAGGCUAGCAGCUGGAGAGUGGUUUACAGCUCGCGUAUCGUCCUGUGGUCUUUUCCACAUAGCCUAUCCAAGUGCGUCGGACCAAUUGAAAACAGAAUUGAGGACUAUCUAUGGUCAGCUAUGUCAGGAUGACAUGCCUAUGGUCAGAAGAGCAGCAGCAUCAAAUCUUGGAAAGUUUGCAGCUACAGUUGAACAGAAUCAUUUGAAGACAGAAAUAAUGUCAAUAUUUGAUGAUUUAACCCAAGAUGAUCAAGAUUCAGUGCGUCUGUUGGCUGUUGAAGGCUGUGCUGCCCUUGGUAAAUUGUUGGAACCACAAGAUUGCGUAGCACACAUUCUUCCAGUCAUUGUCAAUUUCUCCCAGGAUAAAUCAUGGCGUGUUCGUUAUAUGGUUGCCAAUCAAUUAUAUGAGCUCUGUGAGGCUGUUGGCCCUGAGCCUACAAGAGCUGAUUUGGUGCCUGCCUAUGUUCGCCUCCUUCGUGAUAAUGAGGCUGAAGUGCGGAUAGCAGCUGCUGGAAAAGUAACUAAGUUUUGCCGCAUAUUAAAUCCUCAGCUCUCAGUCCAACAUAUUCUUCCAUGCGUUAAGGAAUUGUCAUCAGAUUCAUCCCAGCAUGUUCGUUCAGCUUUAGCCUCAGUGAUUAUGGGAAUGGCUCCUGUACUGGGAAAGGAUGCUACCAUUGAACAGCUUGUUCCAAUUUUCCUCUCUUUGUUGAAAGACGAAUUUCCUGAUGUUCGACUUAACAUAAUCAGCAAACUUGAUCAAGUUAAUCAGGUUAUUGGAAUUGACUUGCUAUCUCAAUCACUGCUACCAGCAAUUGUAGAACUUGCAGAGGAUAGGCACUGGAGAGUCCGGCUUGCAAUAAUUGAGUACAUCCCAUUGUUGGCGAGUCAAUUAGGUGUUGGGUUUUUCGAUGACAAGCUGGGGGCGCUCUGCAUGCAAUGGUUGGAAGACAAGGUCUUUUCAAUCAGAGAUGCUGCCGCUAACAACUUGAAGCGCCUUGCAGAAGAGUUUGGUCCAGAGUGGGCAAUGCAGCAUAUAAUCCCUCAGGUGCUGGAGAAGAUCAACAACCCACACUAUUUAUACCGCAUGACGAUUCUGCAGGCAAUCUCCUUGCUAGCUCCUGUCAUGGGUGCAGAAAUCACCUGUCAAAAGCUGCUUCCAGUCGUCAUUAAUUCUUCGAAGGACAGGGUUCCCAACAUCAAGUUCAAUGUUGCGAAAGUACUACAGUCACUUGUACCGAUCCUCGACCAAUCUGUGAGUUCCUCAAGCUAUUCCGCCCACAUGUUACCAACAUUUUCGAAGAAGGCGGUACAUCUGUAUUUUUCAUGGUAUUGGGGAAUAUCAUCAGUGCUUACUCCGCAGGUGGUGGAGAAGACCGUGAAACCGUGCCUCGUUGAGCUCAGCGAGGACCCUGACGUCGACGUAAGGUACUAUGCAAACCAGGCACUGCAGGCGUGCGACCAGAUGAUGGUGUCAAGCUAACUAGCCUUUGUGUCAAGUAUUUAGAGAGUUCGAUCGAUGCUCCAUAGUCCAAUUUUGGAUUACCUGUAAUUUGGCCUUUAGAUUUGAAGAGUUGUUUGUGUCUAGCCUCGGUAACAGAUAAAAACGGACGGUCCUGAUCCCCUUGUUCGUUUGUGUUAAUUAAUGUUGUAAUUGAGCAGGACACAACGCGUUGCUGUGUGUGUUUGCGUUUACAUGGCAGAUUGAACUUUACGGUUU